UUGGGAAGAUUCCACGAAAUACAAGAGAAAGUGUAUCUAGAAUUGCAAGAAAUUUUCAUAAACGAUAUGAAUAGGGAUAUUACUAUCGAUGACCUGACGAAAAUGACGUACUUAGAAUGCGUAAUUAAGGAGUCGAUGAGAAUCUAUCCUCCAACUCCUUUUAUUGGAAGAAAAAAUUCCUCGGAAAUGAAAAUAAGUAAUUACGUGUUGCCUGCAAAUUCCACUCUUUUCAUAAACAUCUAUGGCAUCCAUCAUAAUCCUUCUGUUUACGAAAAUCCCGAAGUGUUCGAUGCAGACCGUUUCCUGCCUGAAAACUAUAAAAAUCUUCAUCCUUAUGCAUUUCUGGCAUUUUCUGCCGGGCCACGAAAUUGUCUCGGUAAGUGAUUAGUGAAUAAUUACAAAAACAAAAAAAAAUAUUUUAUUAAAAUAAUUUAUUUACAGGAAGUAAACUUGCCAUGAUUGAAAUGAAAAUGGUUUUGGCAAA